AGCUUUAUUUUAUGUGUUCAGUAUUUCAUGUAGUUUUUCUAUCUACCAAGGUGUUGUUUAUGUUCAAGCAACGGAGGUAUGUGUGAUAUGUAUAAUCAAUGGUUUUGUUCUCUUCAUUUCGACGUUUCAUGAAAUGAAUAUGCUCUUUACAACCAACUCAAGUUGAUAUCAUCUGUUGAGGCCUUGUAAUAGUAUAGAAGGGGACUGAAGUUAUGUGUUUUUCAGUAUCUGUACGGUUCAUUUUAUUGUUUUCGAUGUGAACUUUGUCCUAAAAGUUUAUAUAUUUAUUAACUUUAUGAAAGUCUCUUCUUUGGGUGCAGGAUUAAUUAGCAUAAAUUUUCAGAAGAAUAGUGAUAAUGGGGUUUGUGGAGCUUUUUGGGGUGGCUUCUAUGCCUGUGAUCAAAGUGCUACUAGUUACUGCAGUUGGUUUAUUUCUUGCAUUGGAUAACAUAAAUUUAUUGGGAAAAGAUGCAAGGAUACAAGUGAAUCAUCUUGUGCAUUAUGUGUUUAAUCCUGCUCUGGUGGGUGGCAAUUUGGCCGACACUAUAACUUUUGAGAAUGUUGCUUUAUUGUGGUUCAUGCCGGUGAAUAUCCUCCUUACAUUUAUAUUAGGCUCAGCCUUAGGAUGGAUCCUUGUCAGAUUAACAAAGCCUCCCAAACACAUAGAAGGGCUAAUACUAGGUGUCUGUUCUGCAGGAAAUUUAGGUAACUUGCCUAUAAUCAUUAUCCCUGCCAUAUGUAAAGACAAAGGUAAUCCUUUUGGAGACUCUGAUGUCUGCUAUCAAUAUGGAAUGGCUUAUGCAUCACUUUCUAUGGCGAUUGGAGCUAUUUUUAUAUGGACUUAUGUCUACAACAUCAUGCGGAUUUCUGCAAGUAAAGUCCAUAAAGAAGGCUAUGGAAGUAGUGACUCCAUCAAAUUGGAGGCUUCAGGGGAGAUAUUAGAAUCAUUCCCAGAAGAAAGCUCAGAACCAAAUAAUCCUGCAAAGGAUGACAUGAAUGAUGCAUACACGAUACUGCUUUCACCAAAUGGUUCUGAGGUGAAAGGGAAGGUACCAAUCUCAGCUAAAAUCAAGCACCUAUUUGGAAAGAUUUUAGGCAACUCCAAUUUUAGAGCCAUAUUGUCACCUGCAACUCUUGGAGCGAUUGCUGGCUUUAUUGUUGGUGUAGUUCCCCAGAUACGUAAAUUGAUGAUUGGCAGCAGUGCUCCCUUUCAUGUGCUUGAAGACUCUACUUCCAUGCUGGGUGAUGCUGCCAUCCCAACUGUAACACUUAUAAUGGGUGCAAACCUUCUUAAAGGAUUGAAAGGAGCAAGUACUUCAUUCUGGACAAUUAUUGGAAUUAUAGCAGUUCGAUAUAUUUUCCUCCCAAUUUUGGGUAUUCUAGUUAUUAAACUUGCAACACACUUGGGUUUGGUGCAACCAGAUCCCUUAUAUCAGUUUAUACUUCUCCUUCAAUUUGCACUUCCGCCAGCUAUGGCUAUAGGCACCAUAGCUCAAUUGUUUGGAGCAGGUGAAAGUGAAUGCUCUGUUAUCAUGCUGUGGACAUAUAUUUUGGCGUCAAUUGCAGUCACUCUUUGGUCAACCUACUUCAUGUGGCUUGUAUCUUAAUUUUGUAAUUAUUAUUAUUAUUAUUAUUAUUAUUAAUUUUUUUUAUCUCAUUUCAGCAAGGGUAGUGGAACUACCUAUAUUAUCUGUAAUUUUGUG